AGAGAGAGAGAGUCGAAAAGACCAGAAAAUAAAAAAGUUAAAGCCCGCCUCCAGAGUACAAAAAACACUUCUCCUGCGCAUUGAUUGCUUUAAUUUUUCUUUUUUUUUUUCCAGAUUCAUCAAUCUUGAGCCUUCAACCCACUUCUCUGGGUUGCUUGCGCUCAGUGCUCUGCAUCGUCUCAUCCUAUGUUAACUUGUAAAGAGAAAUGUGGAGUGUGGCCAGCAGAAGGGUUUCUGCUUCUGUUCCUGAUCUCAAUAGUCGUCUUCAGUUCUAAUGCUUGCACUAAUGGGAAUUGCCAGCUUCUCGACUCGUGUUCGUUGCCCACCGACUGUGGUGCGGGCCUUUACUGUGGCAAUUGUCCUGCUAUGGGGAAGACUCAGCCCGUCUGCACCAGAGGCCAAACUAUACAACCCACAUCAAUUAUUAAGGGGCUGCCAUUUAACAAGUACACAUGGCUGGUAACCCACAAUUCGUUCUCCAUAAUUGACUCUCCACCCCUGCUCGGUGUCCAGCGGAUUACGUUUUACAAUCAAGAAGACACUGUUACUAAUCAGUUGAGGAAUGGGGUGAGAGGGUUGAUGUUAGACAUGUAUGACUUCGAGAAUGAUAUCUGGCUCUGCCAUUCGAUGCGAGGACAAUGCUACAACUUCACUGCCUUUGAACCUGCAAUAAACACUUUGAAGGAAGUGGAGGCGUUCUUGAGUGAGAACCCAUCAGAGAUUGUUACCAUUAUCAUUGAAGAUUACGUGCAUACUCCCAAAGGGUUGACAAAGCUGUUUACUGAUGCCGGGUUGGUCAAUUAUUGGUUUCCUGUCUCAAAAAUGCCCGCAAAAGGUGAGGACUGGCCCACCGUGACUGACAUGGUUGCUGAGAAUCACCGGCUUCUGGUUUUCACCUCUGACCCUUCGAAGGAAGUUUAUGAAGGAAUUGCUUACCAGUGGAGGUACAUGGUGGAAAAUGAACCUGGAGAUGGGGGUGUUGUACAAGGUUCAUGUCCAAACCGAAAGCAAUCACAGACACUCAAUUGGAGAGGUGCAUCUCUGUUUCUACAGAACUACUUCCCUACGUUCCCCGUUGAGGCUGAAACCUGCAAAGAACAUUCAACUUCUCUGAUGGAGAUGGUUGCUACUUGUUAUAAAACAGCUGGAAAUGUGAUGCCUAACUUUCUGGCUGUUAACUUUUACAUGAGAAGUGAUGGUGGAGGUGUUUUUGAUGCUUUGGACAGAAUGAAUGGACAGACAUUGUGUGGCUGUAGUACUAUCAAUGCUUGUCAGGCUGGAGCGAAGAUGGCAUCUUGCAAGGAUAUUGCUGCACCUAAUAGAACUCCUUCUCUUACAGGCAGUACUGGGGGCACUGUUUCUGGAUAUGUUCAGUUUUCUAGUGGAACUGCACAAUUAUCAGAUUUCUUGGUUCUCAAUUCGGUCCACCUUUUAUUAAUAGCAAUGUUGUUGUUAUUAUAACUGAUUACCAACGGAUAUCAGGGGGUAGAUGGCUGUCAAGCCUCUCUUCUACUAUAGGCUUUCGUUAUGUUAUGACAUUAUUUUUAGAGUUCAGAAUGCUAACGGGAGGUUAAGACACGCUAGCUGGAGUUAUCAGAUCAAGGGGUUAGAUAGUGGUUGAGAGAGCCUGAAGAUGGCAAGAAGCCAAAUGUUAGCUCAGGUUGUUGGAGCAGCUGAGUUACAGUGAGGAGGGAUGUAUACCACGUAGUAUAGAUAGAGGGAUGGAUGGAUCAAUGAAGUCUGAAGUGAUGCAAAGGACCUGGAGCCAUUCUUUUCGUAACCGAGUACCACCUUGUGGCCUUUGAGCGUUAUUUCCAUUUUUUUGGAUGUUUAUUUUAUCUUGUUGUCUAUUUUGUUCCAGCUUGGGCCUAGUAACAAUGUGGUGUUUUUUGUCAAACACUUGGGGCUGUGUUUGGUAGUAAUCUUUUUACGGGAAUAAGAAAAUGGAAUAUUCUGUUUGGUGUC